AUGGCCUCCAUCUUCCGGAGCGAGGAGAUGAACCUGAUGCAGCUCUUCCUGCAGGUGGAGGCUGCCUACUGCUGCGUGGCCGAGCUCGGGGAGCUGGGUCUAGUCCAGUUCAGAGAUCUGAAUGUGAAUGUCAACAGCUUCCAGAGAAAGUUUGUGAAUGAAGUGAGAAGGUGUGAAUCCUUGGAGAGGAUCAUGCGUUUUCUGGAAAAUAACAUUGAGGGAGACAGUAUUGAGAUGGUCAAGCUAGAAAAGUACCCAGAGACCCCUCUGCCUCGGGAGAUGAUUGAUAUGGAGACGGUGCUGGAGAAAUUUGAAGCUGAGCUGCUGGAAGCCAACCAGAACCAGCAAACACUGAAGCAGAACUUUCUUGAGCUGAUGGAGCUCAAACAUCUGCUGAAAAAAACUCAGGACUUCUUUGAGGCAGAAACCAAUCUGCCAGAUGAUUUCUUCAGUGAAGACACAUCUGGACUGCUGGAGCUGAAAAGUACUCCUGCUGCAGCUGCCAAGCUGGGAUUCACUGCAGGGGUAAUAAGGAGGGAAAGGAUGGUACCCUUUGAGCGUUUACUGUGGCGAGUCUGCAGGGGAAAUAUCUACCUGAGGUACACCGAAAUGGAUACUGCCCUGGAAGACCCUGUGACAAGAGAAGAAGUGAAGAAGAAUGUGUUCAUUAUCUUCUAUCAAGGAGAACAGCUUAAGCAAAAAGUCAAGAAGAUUUGUGAUGGCAUUCAUGCCACGGUCUAUCCCUGUCCGGAGUCUGUCACUGAGCGCCGAGAAAUGCUUGAUGGAGUCAACACAAGGAUUGAGGAUUUAAAUACAGUGAUAGACCAAACCAAGUCUCAUCGCCAGCGACUGCUGCAUGAGGCAGCAGAAAACUUGUGGUCCUGGAGGAUCAAGGUGAAGAAAAUAAAGGCUGUCUACCACAUCCUGAAUUGCUGUAACAUUGAUGUCACCCAGCAGUGCGUCAUUGCAGAGGUCUGGUUCCCAGUGACUGAUGCUAGCCGGAUAAAAAGAGCUCUACAGCAGGGAAUGGAGCGCAGUGGCUCUACUAUUGCUCCUAUCCUUACCGCUAUACAUACCAGGCUGGCACCACCCACCUUCAACAGGACCAACAAGUUCACAGCAGGAUUUCAGAACAUUGUGGAUGCAUAUGGUGUGGGCAACUACAGAGAAAUUAACCCAGCUCCAUACACUAUCAUUACCUUCCCCUUCUUGUUUGCUGUGAUGUUUGGGGAUUGUGGCCAUGGCGCUGUCAUGCUGGGCUUUGCACUCUGGAUGGUCAUUAAUGAAAAGAGCCUUCUGGCCCAGAAAAGCACUAAUGAGAUCUGGAACACCGUUUUUAGUGGGCGCUACCUGAUCCUGCUCAUGGGCAUAUUCUCCAUGUACACUGGCUUCAUCUACAAUGACUGCUUCUCCAAAUCAUUCAACAUCUUUGGCUCUUCCUGGCAUAUCACCUCCAUGUUUAAAAAUAACACUUGGAACAAGGAUGUGCUUCUGGGCAAUACGGUGCUGCAGCUGAAUCCAGCAGUCCCAGGAGUCUACUCUGGAAAUCCAUAUCCAUUUGGAAUAGAUCCGAUCUGGAAUGUUGCAUCAAACAAACUGACUUUCCUGAACUCCUACAAAAUGAAGAUGUCGGUUGUCAUAGGGAUAGUGCACAUGAUUUUUGGGGUGAUACUCAGUCUCUUCAAUCACAUCUACUUCAAGAAAUACAUAAACAUUAUCCUUCAGUUCAUUCCAGAGAUGAUUUUUAUUAUCUCUCUUUUUGGGUACCUGGUCUUCAUGAUUAUUUUCAAAUGGUGUCAUUUUGAUGUCCACUCAUCCCAGAGCGCACCAAGCAUCCUCAUCCACUUCAUCAAUAUGUUUCUGUUCAACUACAGUGACACUUCAAAUGCUCCAUUAUAUCCACAUCAGAAAGAAGUGCAGAGCUUCUUGGUUAUAUUUGCUCUGAUUGCUGUUCCCUGGAUGCUCUUAAUUAAACCUUUCAUCCUCCGAGCCAACCACCAGAAAGCACAGCGCAUGAUUCAGUCUCAAGCUGUCUCAGGAAGCCCUGGAGGUGAAAAUGAGAUAGAUGUCCCAGAGACUAGUCAUUCCAAGAAAGCUUCCCACGAAGAGCACGGCGGUGGCCAUGGAGGACAUGAAGAUGGUGAUGAAGAGUUCAAUUUUGGAGACAUAUUUGUCCACCAGGCUAUCCAUACCAUUGAAUACUGCCUUGGUUGCAUCUCCAACACAGCAUCCUACUUGCGGCUCUGGGCACUGAGCUUAGCACAUGCACAACUGUCAGAGGUCCUUUGGACCAUGGUGAUGCACAGCGGGUUAAGCAACAGCAGCUGGGUUGGCACUAUCAUCAUCUUCAUCAUCUUUGCGGCAUUUGCGGUGCUGACGGUAGCCAUCCUGCUGAUCAUGGAGGGUCUCUCAGCCUUUCUGCAUGCCUUGCGUCUGCACUGGGUGGAGUUCCAGAACAAGUUCUAUGUGGGAGCCGGGUACAAAUUUUCUCCAUUCUCCUUCAAGUACAUCAUCAGUGGCACCACAGAAGAGUGA